UCAGCCUUUUAAUCUCCUCCCAACAGAUUUGAGAGUGCACUUGUGAAGCAAAGUAGGAGGACAAAGGACAGUCUUUUUUAUCCAACCCUUUAUGCUUUGAAUCUGAAAAGAAAAGAUGUCAAACUUUUCAACUGCAUUAAGUAUGUAUGCGUGUAUCCUGUCGUUAAACUAUGUGCUAUGAAGCAGAAGAGGAUGAUAGGAUCCUUGAUUCUGACACCACUGGCCAAGUGCUUUCAAGGUCCCAGCAGUGGGAUAAUAAUAUUGCUGCUAAAAUUGCUGAGUUUACAGCAACUUUUGAGAAACAAGCACUUGCCUUCAACAUAAUAUCCCAAAAGAGAAACUUGGGUGAAUUCCGGUCUGAGGAGAGAUUGAUGAUUGAACAGGCACUUCUCCAAGAAGAAAAGCGAGCUCUGAUGGCCGGUCGUGAAGCACAUGAGGCUAAACUUCGGAUGGCAGCAAUGUAUCAAGCUGAGCAGGCCCGGGCAGAAUCACACUCUCAUGCUGAAAUGAUGUCGCGAGCCCCCAUAAGAGGGAGUGCACUUGGGUCCCAAGGCAGUGGUGAUAUGAUGGGCCAUGACAUGGGAGAGCAGGAUCAGGGAGGUAACCCAGGUGAUAUGAUGAAUGGAUGGGGGAACAAUGCACAGAGAGAAGAGAAGGAGCCAUCUGAGGAUUUCUUGAAUGAUGAAGCUGAGAAUGGAGACACAGGCACACAGGAUGGUUGGCGUGAAGUUGGUGAAUUUGAUUUGAAUGCUAGGUGAUUCUCCAUAGUGACUGUAUAAAACUUUUAAGGGAGAGUUUGAAUUAUGUUAAGAGAUCAAUAUCCGUUUUAAAAGAAUCAUUGUCCUUGGUAUCUUCAAGUUACCUAUCUUAAGAUUACUUUCUCGAUCAAUAUCCAUUCACAGGGGGGAAGGAAAACUAUUGAACCAGUCAAAUGUUGAAUUGGAUGAAUGUUCAGUUUAUGCUCCUAGAUUAGUGUAGUGCACAUGAUUGGAUUAUUAGCUCCAAUGGAGUGUUAUAUAAGCAUACAAAUUAAGUCCAAUAUGUAUAGGAAACUUUGGUUUCAAAAAAAAAACUAUGUGCUAUGAUAAUAUACAGUUUAGCUA